AUGUUAAAUAAAUAGUGGCGGCAACAUUGUAAAUAACCUAACUUAUAGGGUAGGUUAUUUAUUUAAUAGAAGAAUGUUUAAACGAAGUCUUUUUAAAAUUAAUCAAUGUAGACAAUUAUGCUUUCAAAAUCCAUACGUUAGACUGUGGUCAACAGAAAAUAAAAACACGGAUUUGGGAAAUAUGAAUACAAAAUAUCAAGUUUUUAAAGAUAAUGAUUCAGAAAUAAUAUUAGAUGUUUACGAAGAGAGAUUGAAGUAUUCUAAUUUACUUGAUGAACAUAUAGAAGAAAAUGUAAAUCUUUUUGAGGGCCUUAAUUUAAAACGUGGAAAAACUGGUGUUUUUGAAAUAGAAGAUUUGGUAGAAGUUUUAAAAAGAGAAAAUUCCAAAGACAUAUUUGUAGCCAAAGUAUCAUUAGAUAUAAAAUAUGUUGAUUAUAUGUGUGUUGUAUCUGGUAAAUCACAAAGGCAUAUGAGGGCUAUUGCACAAUUUGUAAAAAGGGUUUACAAACAAAAAAAGCAGAAAAGUGAUAUAGUACCUAAAUUAGAAGGUGAAAACUCAAAAGAUUGGAUAGCAUUGGAUUUAGGUAAGAAAAUAAUUAAUAAAAAAAAAAUGUCACAUAGAGACCCUGUUUAAACUGAUUUUUGAUUGGAUUGUAUGGUAUUUCUAUAGGUGCAUCAGGUGAAUAGGAC